AUGUCCUAUUUUAAAAUAGCCCUAGUGCUUACCAAAGCAUAUUUAACAACAUCCAUUGAUACGAAUAUUACCACCGUCUUGUCCACGGAAAAACAUGAGCAAUGGCUGGUGGCGCAAUUGAUAGUCACUAUUAGCGAACUUUCACCUUCCAAGACCCUAAUCUCCUUCGUUGAGGGAGAAAACACAGAAUCAGUCACUGUAGACUGGUCUAAAUUUGAUAUAUCUCCACAAGACAAACCCAAUUCUGAGCUCCAGGCCUCGUUUGAUGCUUAUAUGGACAUCAAAUUGAAUCGAAGUGGCAAAUUGCCUACUCAGCGUGACAAGGAUGACAAAGACACCACGAAUGAACCAAAAAUCCCAACAUUGCCUUCUGCAACCUCACAAGGAGUGGAAGUACUGGCAAAAUCACAAAGAAGACCAGCAGACAUGCCUGAUUUUGACGAUGAAUACGAAAUUAAAGACCGUGCCACCUUAGGUGGAGGAAGUUUAGGAGGAUCAUCAGGUGGACCACCAGGAGUAACUCCAAUUGGUGACCGAGACUUGAAUCCUCCAGGAUUACCUAGGGAUCCGUUGAUGAAGCCAUAUUGGGAUCCAUUAGCGCACAAUCCAGAGGGAGGAAUGUAUCCUAGUAGUGAUCAUCCAAUUUUUGGUCAAAGAGAGGGAAAUACAUCACGUAGGGGCGUGCCCCCAGGUGCAAGAUUCGAUGAUCCUUAUGGUGAAGAUAACUUGGAAGAUAUGGGAAUGGGGCUACCCGGAAAUUUACGUCAUGGAGGAGGCAGAGGAGGCAGACGUGGAGGACCAGGGUUUGGAGACUUCGGAGACAACCCUGGAUUUGGGCCAGGCGGAACUGGUGGACCAGGAUUCGGUGGAUCAGGAUUCGGUGGAUCAGGAUUCGGUGGAUCAGGAUUCGGUGGAUCAGGAUUUGGGGGAUCGGGGUUCGGCUUUUGA